AUGGCUACCUGUGCCUUGAAAUCAUUGAAUGGCUUUUCCAUACAUGUAAACAGAGAGAAUGAAACACCAGAACUAUGUUAUAAAGAUAAUAUUGUGCGUUACACUACACCAGCAGUAAAUAAUAUAGAGUGUAGUCAGGUUAUAACUGGUCGUUAUGUAAAUAUCAGUAAUUUUCAUAUAAAUAGAGAUGCCAGAUAUUUAGUCUUAUGUGAAGUGGAGAUUGAUGUAAUAUCAAUGCCAUCGAUUUAUUAUCACUUUACUUCAGUAUGUUCUAACGGAACGUUUGGUUCAGAUUGUAACAACUUCUGUCAUUGUUUAAAUUAUGAAAGAUGUUCAGAGAAUGCUGAAUGUCCUGGUGAAUGUGCUGAUGGAUGGACAGGAACAACUUGUAAUCAAAGUAUUUUAUAUUUCUUUAUUAUGUGUCAAUAA